AUGCCCAAUUACCUUGAGACCGUCAAUGACGACGAGAAAAUUGUUGGUAGGAAAGUUGACAAUGACGAAGACACAUCUAGGGAUACACCUGGAAAGGAGACUCUUGGAGAGAAGGAACCCUGUACAGAGUGCUAUGCUUCGAGCGAGUCCGAUGACACCCACGACGACAAAAAGGGUUUCCACGAAGAAGGAGAAGAAAUUGCUGAAGUCUUAGAAGAAGACAAUUGCCAAGACGAAGAUUCCUCGACCUGCUUUCCACAAGUCCAAAAAUACUCGGCGAUAUCAUCCGUAUCUAGUCGACCCCUAGUGUCCACUUGGGAAGAACAGCGCCGACAAACCGCUCGAAUGAGCCGCAAGCCUCUUCAAAGCACUGGAUCUACUAUAACCCUCAAGGAGCGUAUGAAAGCCUUCCAUUGA